UACAGAAGGUCGUUGUCUGCAAUUCUUGGGCCUCAGGGUCGUUAAAAAGAGGCUGAAGUUGCUCAGACUUUUCUGUGCUUGGCAGGGGUUUCCUUCCCCAGGGUAUUGAUGUGGUGCUAGAAUUUAACAGUGACCUGUGAGGAGUUACAGCUUGAGCAGAGGUCAUCUGGAAUAUAAACCUGAACAGCAGAACCUUUUUAAAACGCUGGGGUUGUUGGAGUGGUCGAAUUUUUCCUGGAUUUGAGUGAGAAAUUCAGAAGACUGAAGCCCAGGCUCACUGUCUACCUUUCACGGAGGCCCAGCCGUGAGAGGACAGAAGAAGGCACGUGGCGAAUCAUGACAGCCGACAAGGAGAAAGACAAAGACAAAGAGAAGGACAGGGACAGAGACCGGGAUAAGGAGCGGGACAAGAGGGACAAGGCGAGGGAGAGCGAGAACUCCCGGCCCCGGCGCAGCUGCACCUUGGAAGGGGGGGCCAAGAAUUACGCGGAGAGCGACCACAGCGAGGAUGAGGACAACGACAACAACAGUGCCACCACCGAGGAGUCCACCAAGAAGAGCAAAAAGAAACCCCCCAAGAAGAAAUCCCGCUACGAGAGGACCGACAACGGGGAGAUCACGUCCUUCAUCACCGAGGAUGAUGUGGUGUACAGGCCUGGAGAUUGCGUUUACAUCGAGAGCCGCCGGCCCAACACCCCCUAUUUCAUCUGCAGCAUUCAAGACUUCAAACUGAGCAAACGGGACCAUCUCCUCAUGAACGUCAAGUGGUACUAUCGCCAGUCGGAGGUCCCGGACUCUGUCUAUCAGCACUUGGUCCAGGACAGGCACAACGAGAAUGACUCUGGACGAGAGCUGGUUAUCACAGACCCCGUUAUCAAGAACAGAGAGCUCUUCAUUUCCGAUUAUGUGGACACUUACCACGCUGCUGCCCUCAGAGGGAAGUGCAACAUCUCCCAUUUCUCUGACAUUUUUGCUGCUAGAGAGUUCAAAGCCAGAGUGGAUUCAUUUUUCUACAUCCUGGGCUAUAAUCCAGAGACAAGGAGGCUAAACAGUACCCAAGGUGAAAUCAGAGUUGGACCCAGCCAUCAGGCCAAGCUCCCUGACCUGCAGCCCUUCCCUUCCCCGGACGGUGACACGGUGACCCAGCACGAAGAGCUCGUGUGGAUGCCAGGAGUCAACGACUGUGACUUGCUGAUGUACCUGAGGGCAGCCAGGAGCAUGGCAGCCUUUGCAGGGAUGUGUGAUGGAGGAUCCACAGAGGACGGUUGUGUCGCUGCCUCCCGUGACGACACCACCCUGAACGCCCUCAACACACUCCAUGAAAGCAACUACGAUGCUGGGAAGGCCCUGCAGCGCCUGGUGAAGAAACCUGUGCCAAAGCUGAUUGAGAAGUGUUGGACUGAGGAUGAAGUGAAACGUUUUAUUAAGGGGUUGAGGCAGUACGGCAAGAACUUCUUCAGAAUCCGAAAGGAGUUGCUUCCCAAUAAGGAGACCGGAGAACUAAUCACCUUCUAUUACUAUUGGAAGAAAACCCCUGAAGCAGCAAGUUCUCGAGCCCACCGUAGGCACCGGAGGCAGGCUGUGUUUCGGAGAAUUAAAACUCGAACCGCUUCCACUCCAGUCAACACUCCCUCCAGGCCCCCCUCCAGUGAAUUCUUGGACCUGAGCUCGGCCAGUGAAGAUGACUUUGACAGCGAGGACAGUGAACAGGAGCUGAAGGGCUACGCCUGCCGCCACUGCUUCACCACCACCUCCAAGGACUGGCACCACGGCGGGCGGGAGAACAUCCUGCUGUGCACGGACUGUCGGAUUCACUUCAAGAAGUACGGGGAGCUGCCACCCAUCGAGAAGCCAGUUGACCCUCCACCCUUUAUGUUCAAGCCUGUCAAAGAGGAAGAUGAUGGACUCAGUGGAAAGCAUAGCAUGAGGACACGGCGGAGUCGAGGCUCGAUGUCUACACUACGCAGUGGUCGGAAGAAGCAGCCAGCCAGCCCCGAUGGUAGAGCCUCCCCCAUCACCGAGGACAUCAGGUCCAGCGGCCGCAACUCGCCCAGCGCCGCCAGCACCUCCAGCAACGACAGCAAGGCAGACUCGGUGAAAAAAUCCACCAAGAAGAUAAAAGAAGAGGUGUCUUCUCCUCUCAAGAACUCCAAGAGGCAGCGGGAAAAGGCAGCGUCAGACACAGAGGAACCCGACAGGUCCAAUGCCAAAAAAUCCAAAACUCAAGAGAUCAGCAGGCCCAACUCCCCCUCAGAGGGUGAGGGCGAGGGCGAGAGCUCCGACAGCCGCAGCGUCAACGACGAGGGGAGCAGCGACCCCAAGGACAUCGACCAGGACAACCGGAGCACCUCGCCCAGCAUCCCCAGCCCUCAGGACAAUGAGAGCGACUCGGAUUCCUCUGCCCAGCAGCAAGUGCUGCAGGCACAGCCCCAGGUGCUGCAGGCACAGAGCAGCUCUGGCCAGGCUCCUCCAGCCACACACUCCAACUUGCCUCCGCCGCCCGCUUUAAAACCUCUGAGCUCCCUCUCGACUCACCACCCUCCGUCUGCACACCCUCCCCCUCUGCAGCUGAUGCCUCAAAGCCAACCACUGCAGUCCUCGCAAGCCCAGCCUCCUGUUCUGACCCAGAGUCAGAGCCUUCCCCCUCCUGCUAGUCACCCCUCCUCUGGACUCCAUCAGGUAUCCUCCCAGCCCCCCUUUUCUCAGCAUCCCUUUGUCCCAGGGGGCCCACCUUCCAUCACCCCUCCUUCGUGCCCCUCCACCUCCACGCCACCCACCAUGCCCGGCAUCCCGCUCCAGACUUCCAUCUCCACGUCAGCAGCCUCUAGUGGGACGGUGCCCGUGGUGACAGCCUGCACGCUGCCACCCAUCCAGAUCAAAGAGGAGGUCCCAGAUGAAGCUGAGGAACCAGAAAGCCCUCCCCCUCCACCCAGGAGUCCAUCACCAGAGCCCACUGUGGUGGAUAUCCCAAGUCACGCCAGUCAGUCAGCCAGGUUCUAUAAGCACCUGGACCGUGGCUACAAUUCAUGCUCCAGAGCAGACCUGUACUUCAUGCCUCUGGCAGGAUCAAAACUGGCCAAGAAGAGAGAAGAGGCCAUUGAAAAGGCCAAAAGGGAAGCGGAGCAGAAAGCCAGAGAGGAGAGGGAAAGAGAGAAAGAGAAGGAGAAGGAAAGAGAGAGGGAGCGGGAGCGGGAACGAGAGGCGGAAAGAGCUGCGCAGAAGGUAUCCAGCUCCUCCCACGAGGGCCGUCUUGGCGAGUCCCAGCUCAGCGGGCCAGCACACAUGAGACCUUCAUUUGAACCUCCCCCGACCACCAUCGCUGCUGUUCCCCCCUACAUCGGGCCGGACACGCCCGCGUUACGGACACUGAGCGAGUACGCGCGGCCUCACGUCAUGUCGCCCACAAACCGCAACCACCCCUUCUUCGUGCCCCUCAACCCCACGGAUCCACUCCUGGCCUACCACAUGCCCGGCCUCUACAACGUGGAUCCCACCAUUCGGGAGCGAGAGCUGCGGGAGCGGGAGAUCCGGGAGCGGGAAAUCCGGGAGCGGGAGUUGAGAGAGAGGAUGAAGCCCGGCUUCGAGGUGAAGCCCCCGGAGCUGGACGCGCUGCACCCGGCCACCAACCCCAUGGAGCAUUUUGCCAGGCACGGCGCACUGACUAUUCCACCCACGGCAGGACCUCACCCCUUCGCUUCCUUCCACCCGGGUUUGAACCCCCUGGAAAGGGAGAGACUGGCGCUGGCAGGGCCCCAGCUGCGGCCGGAGAUGAGCUACCCCGACAGGCUGGCGGCCGAGCGGAUCCACGCCGAGCGCAUGGCAUCGCUCACCAACGACCCCCUGGCGCGGCUCCAGAUGUUCAACGUCACGCCCCACCACCACCAGCACUCACACAUACACUCGCAUCUACACCUACACCAGCAGGAUCCCUUGCACCAAGGCUCAGCAGGACCUGUUCACCCGCUGGUGGAUCCUUUAGCAGCUGGACCCCAUUUGGCACGUUUUCCCUACCCACCUGGGACCAUCCCCAACCCAUUGCUAGGGCAGCCACCUCACGAGCAUGAAAUGCUCCGACAUCCAGUCUUUGGUACUCCUUACCCACGGGAUCUGCCUGGUGCCAUUCCACCUCCCAUGUCAGCAGCCCACCAGCUGCAGGCCAUGCACGCCCAGUCCGCAGAGCUGCAAAGACUGGCAAUGGAGCAGCAGUGGUUGCACGGGCAUCCUCACAUGCAUGGUGGGCAUCUACCGAGUCAGGAAGAUUAUUACAGUCGACUGAAGAAAGAAGGUGACAAACAGUUGUAAUAAAUUAUUUAUUUGUAACGCUGGCUGUGGAAACCCCAGUCCUUGGGAAGGAGUGGAACAUUUUUACAUACGAGAAGAGCUACAAAAGGAAAAGAAUAUCUUAUAAAGAUUUCUUUAUAUAUUUAAAACAGAAGCAACCACCCAACAAGUAGAGACUUAUCAGCAUAGUGUUCAUUUGUAGAGAAGGUUUCUCAAGACUGGUGUGGGUCUCCCUGCAUGACAACGUAUUCAGAAGCCUAUUGGAAAUACAGGACUGUGUGGAAUAUUCAGAGAACUUCCUGCAAUCUUGGUUUUUUUUUUUCUUUUUUUUCCUUUUUUCUUUUCUUACUAGUUUGUUUUCAGUAGGUGCUAGAAUCAGGUUCACAACACAAGUCACUGUGCGUGAAGAGACACUCAAUGCAUCUAUAGCUAUUUAAAAAAAAACAAGGAUUGCAAGUAGGUGACAUAACAAGCUCUGAAUCCAAGUGCUAUAAUAAUAAAAAUCUACUUUUAUUUUAAUACAUUGUAGGAAAUCUUCAUAAUUUUAAAGAGAGCUCAGUUCUGCAGCAUGGCUUUUUAAGUCUGUAAAUAUUAACUUUUUUUGGGUAGAGGGGAGAAACAAAAACAAAACAAAACUCCAGAAACGUUUAUCUUGAUUUUCAGUAACAUCACAAAUUGUGAAUUCCUACCUGGUAUUGACAGAAUACAGAGUUGAUUUUUUAAUAAAAUAUAUAUAUAUAAUUAUCCCUUUAAUUAAAGGGAGUGAUGGGUAUCAAUAAUUUCAAAUGGGUAAAAGCUUGAAAUUUGGUUUGAUAUCAACAAUAAGCAUUAAAGGGAUUUGCAGGGAUAAUGUUGCAAAUGACUGUUUCUGUUCUUGGGUUUUUUUCGGUUGGUUUGGUUGUUUGGGGGUUUUUUGUUCGUGUUCCAUCUCUCUGUUCUGCAGAUGAUUUCUGUUGAGUUGGGUUUCUCAGCAGCACAGAUGUCCCUUGGAACCAGCCUGACCCUUUGGAUCCCUCCUUCGGCGCUUUCCUUUUCAGUGUGGCCACAAAGCACUUCUUCCCUGUGACCUUUGGAAACUUAAAACCUGAGGACACUGGGUUUAGACUGUAGGCAAAAAGUUCAAAGAAAUAAUCUGUUCUAAAGGUCUCUUUUUGAAAAUGUUCCCAGCCAGAAUUUUGUCUGCAUGUGCAUAUUUUGGAGGAUGUGCUCUUUCUGGCCUCCUGUUUGAGAAGUUCUCCAGAAAAGUGGACUAAGGCAACUCGUUAAAAGUUGUUUUGCAAACACCAGUCUGGUUUUUCUCUUUGAGUGUUUGAGUUUUGUUUUUAUAAGCAAAAGCUCUUUAACUGCCACCAGUGUUCUGCAUCUCAGGAACUUUUAUUGCUUUGGCAUUAACCUGAUUAUGGACAGUAACAUUUACUGGCUCCCAGCUGAUCCAUGUAGGAUAACUCCUGUUGGCUACUGAGGGUGGUGAGAGGAGAGGAACACACAGAAGGCCAGUGAGCAUUAUUCUGGAGACAGCUCUGCUUACUAGGCAGAUUUUUUUAAAACAUUUUUUCCCUGUUUUGCCACUUUUUCUUUGCCAGAGCAGAGGGUGACGUGACCAAUGGACAUCUGAACAUGCUGGUCAUUUUUUUUUUCUGCUGGUGCACAACUUCCCCCCAUUCUCUCUCUUAACUCAUGAGUGCUCUCUCUCUGCUGUUGUAGCCUGUUCAGUGUGAUGGUUGUGUCCUAGGACUGUUCUGAGCCACCUGUGAUAAACUUGUAGUUAAUCAGUUGUUCUGAUGGAAGUUGUGGCAGGCACAGUGCUCACCCACCUCCUGCACCUCAAACCUGCCUGGAGGUUGGUGUUGGACAGUCAGUGACAGCAAUUUAAAUUAAAUUUAUGCUUCUAUUCCAGGCUCACUUAAGGCAAGAGUGAGGAGAGAGACAGGAGGACUAUUUCAGCUAAUGCUGAUCUCCUUUUUCUGCCCUCCAUUCCAGAUUUCUCAGUGCUAAAGAACUGCAGUAGCACUUACCCAGUUCCAGCUGCUCUGUUUGAACUCUGUGGAGGUUUGAGGAGGAGCAGCUGGUGUUCCUGAGACUGGCAAAGCGUGAGGUCAGUGUGGAAUCAAGGAAGGUGAAGUUGCUGUGGGCAGUGAUCAGGUGAAAUGUUUUCCUUCUGAGCACAGUUUUUUACCUCUGCUCAGAGCUGAGUACCCAGGAAGAGGGCUCUGCUCAGCAGAGUGUUUCAGUUUGCUUUACAGGUCUGAUUAGGCACAUUGCAGUUAAAUCUCUGCCCUCAUUUUUUCAUACCAUGUGGAAUUUGGGGGAGUUCUGCCACUUCAGCCAUUUCUUCUGACCCUUCUCUUUGCUGAUUUUUAGCCAUAGUUCUUAAGAAAAACCUAACUGCCUCCAGUGGUCCUCUCUCUGUAUCCCUUACUUUUUCAGCUGAAGUUGGCAGUCUGUUCAAAUUUAUUGGGUUUUUUCCCACAGAAGAACAUUCUAAUAUUUUAUGGGAGUUCUUUUGUUCGCAUCAUUCAGCAAAUAAGCACUGAAAUUCUUCCAUUUCAGCCCAGUGAUUAACUACAACUUCACAUGCAGUGGCUUUUGAAGCCAUCUCGGUGUUCGAUGCCCUGUUAAAAAACAACCCAGACCUUUUUGGUUUUCUUUUAAGAAAAUCUCUCUCUUUCCUUUUUUUUUUUUCUUUUUUUUUUUCCUCUGUUCUGAAAGUUUUAUUUUUCAGACUUUGCUUUAGUGUUUCUGAAACGUCUCUCUCUUGUUCUAUGUCGUCAUGGUUGAGCUUGUUUCACUGCACCGUUAAAGCAGAGUGUACAUUCUGACUGCUACAUUUAUAUAUAUCUUGAAGCUUAAUGUAUAUAUGAGUAGUUUGCCAUGGGAUAACACAGUGUAAACAGAGUAGAAACCCAGAAAUCGUGACUUCUGUGUUCUCUCCAUUUGAGUAUUUUGUAAUUUUUUUGAAAUAUUUGUGGACAUAAAUAAAACCAAGCUACACUACAGCAGCCAGGUUUUGCCUGCAAGCGAAA